AUGUUCAAGAUGAUCUCACAAUCCCCCAAAUGUGUCAUCACUCCUUGGAGGUCUUUCUACCCGAGUGACAUUAUGUUUAAUCACUGCUUGAUUUUCAUUAAGUUUAUUUUCUUCCCCUCUGUAGCCUUCAGUCGAGCACCCAUCCCCAUGGCGGUGGUGAGGAGGGAGCUGUCGUGCGAGAGCUAUCCCAUCGAGCUGCGCUGCCCGGGCACGGACGUCAUCAUGAUUGAGAGCGCCAACUACGGCCGCACCGAUGACAAGAUCUGUGACGCAGACCCAGCACAGAUGGAGAACACGCGGUGUUACCUGCCAGAUGCAUACAAGAUCAUGUCACAAAGAUGUAAUAACCGGACCCAGUGUGCUGUUGUGGCGGGACCAGAUAUAUUUCCUGACCCUUGCCCAGGAACCUACAAAUAUCUGGAGGUCCAAUAUGAAUGUGUACCCUACAAAGUGGAACAAAAAGUAUUCCUGUGCCCAGGGCUUCUGCGCAGGGUGUACCAGAGCGAGCACCUCUUUGAAUCAGACCACCAGUCAGGAGCCUGGUGCAAAGACCCUCUCCAAGCCUCCGAUAAGAUUUACUAUAUGCCCUGGACACCCUACCGCACUGACACAUUGACCGAAUAUUCCUCCAAAGAAGACUUUAUCGCCGGAAGGCCGACGACAACUUACAAACUCCCACAUCGUGUGGAUGGAACAGGCUUUGUGGUCUAUGACGGGGCUCUAUUCUUCAACAAGGAGCGCACGCGCAACAUUGUCAAGUUUGACCUGCGGACUCGCAUCAAGAGCGGCGAGGCCAUCAUUGCCAACGCCAACUACCAUGACACGUCUCCAUACCGCUGGGGAGGGAAGUCCGACAUUGACUUGGCCGUUGACGAAAAUGGCCUUUGGGUGAUUUAUGCCACUGAGCAAAACAACGGGCGGAUUGUCAUCAGCCAGCUCAAUCCUUACACGUUACGUGUUGAGGGGACCUGGGACACAGCUUAUGACAAGCGCUCAGCAUCCAACGCCUUUAUGAUCUGUGGAAUCUUGUAUGUAGUAAAGUCUGUGUACGAGGACGAUGACAAUGAGGCAACUGGAAACAAGAUUGACUACAUCUACAACACAGAGCUAAGCAAAGAUGGCUCUCUGGACAUCGCUUUCCCCAACUCCUAUCAGUACAUCGCUGCAGUGGAUUACAAUCCCAGGGACAACCUGCUGUACGUUUGGAACAAUUACCACGUCGUGAAGUACACUCUGGACUUUGGAGCGCUGGACAACAGACUCGAAACGUCGUCCUCUGUCAUGGUGUACAUGGACACAACGACCAUGACGAGGACCACCACUCGACCAACCACUGUUACCCUGACAACCACAGCAGCCAGGACAACCACUACCAAGAUGCCUGCCACAAUGACAUCAAUGGCCCAGUGGCCACGGACCACCUCCACAGCGGUGGCCCCUGUCCAUACGCUGGUGAAGGGUUUGCUCCCAGAAGACAACAGGGCGCCGCCUCCCUCCAAGCUUCCCAACAUUAGGGUAGAGUACUGCAAUCCCCUGGUGAUCAUGGACAUCUCAUGGCCCAAGACCAAGCAGGGUGUGGUGACCAAGAUGCCCUGUCCACCAGGGACCACAGGGGUGGCCUCAUACAUGUGCGUGGGUCCAGAGGGGUACUGGGACUCCCAGGGACCAAAUAUCAGCAACUGUACUUCCCCUUGGGUCAACCUCAUCAGCCAGAAGCUAAAAGCUGGAGAGACGGCUGCAGUCAUUGCCAGGGAGUUGGCGGAGCAAACUAAGCGUAACCUUCAGGCAGGAGACAUCACCUUCACAGUGAAGGCCAUGGUUCAGCUGGUGGAUCUCCUCGAUGUGCAGCUGAGGAACCUCACGCCAGGUGGCAAAGACAGUGCAGCACGAAGCCUGAACAAGCUGCAGAAAAGAGAGCGCUCUUGCCGGUUUUAUGUUCAGGCGAUGGUGGAGACGGUCAACAAUCUGCUGCAGCCGCAGGCCCAGGCAGCAUGGAAGGAGCUGAGCACAGGUGAGCAGCUGCGGGCCGCCACCAUGCUGCUGGACACUGUUGAGCAAGGGGCCUUCGUCCUGGCGGAUAACCUGCUGAAGACGGACAUUGUGCAAGAGAACACUGACAACAUCCAGCUGGAAGUGGCCAGGAUGAGCACAGAUGGGAACUUGCCUGAUCUGAAGUUCCCACAAACUGGAGGACAGGGCAACUCUAUCCACCUCUCAGCGAACACGCUAAAGCAGCACGGAAGAAAUGGUGAGAUUCGGAUAGCGUUCGUGCUGUACAAACACAUCGGGGUCUACCUUUCAACGGAGAAUGCCAGCAUGAAGCUGGGCAGCGAAGCCAUGGCUACCAAUUACUCUGUCAUUGUCAACUCACCGGUGAUCACGGCUGCCAUCAACAAGGACUUGAACAAAGUCUACCUCUCCGACCCUGUCAUUUUUACCAUUAGACAUCUACAGCAAUCUGAGGAGAACUUCAACCCCAACUGUUCGUUCUGGAGUUAUUCCAAGAGAACCAUGACUGGUUACUGGUCGACGCAGGACUGCCGCUUGCUCGGCACCAACAGGACACACACCACAUGCUCCUGUACCCAUCUAACCAAUUUUGCUGUCCUCAUGGCCCAUGUGGAUGUCAAGAACACAGACCCUGUUCACGACAUGCUUCUUGAUGUCAUUACUUGGGUUGGCAUCCUCCUGUCCCUGGUCUGCCUGCUCAUCAGCCUCUUCACCUUCUGCUUCUUCCGCGGCCUCCAGAGUGAUCGUAACACCAUCCAUAAGAACCUCUGCAUCAGCUUGUUCAUCGCCGAGUCCCUGUUCCUGGUGGGAAUCAAUCGGGGUGACCAACCGAUUGCGUGCGCCGUCUUUGCAGCCCUGCUCCACUUCUUCUUCCUGGCAGCGUUCACAUGGAUGUUCCUUGAGGGUGUGCAGCUCUACAUCAUGCUGGUGGAGGUGUUUGAGAGCGAGCACUCACGGCGGCGCUACUUCUACCUGGUGGGCUACGGGGUUCCCGCGCUAAUUGUGGCCGUUUCUGCCGCAGUGGACUACCGGAGUUACGGCACCGACCGAGUUUGCUGGCUUCGCCUGGACACCUACUUCAUUUGGAGUUUCAUAGGACCAGCAACCUUGAUAAUUAUGCUCAAUGUCAUCUUCCUGGGCAUCGCUCUCUAUAAGAUGUUCCAUCACACGGCCAUCUUGAAACCAGACUCCGGUUGCCUGGACAACAUCAAAUCAUGGGUGAUUGGGGCCAUUGCCUUGCUGUGCCUGCUGGGCCUGACCUGGGCCUUUGGCCUGAUGUAUGUCAACGAGAGCACGGUGGUCAUGGCCUACCUGUUCACCAUCUUCAACUCCCUGCAAGGAAUGUUCAUCUUCAUCUUCCACUGUGUGCUGCAGAAAAAGGUGCGUAAGGAGUAUGGGAAAUGCCUGCGUACUCACUGCUGCAGUGGAAAAAGUGUGGACAGCUCCAUCGGCUCUGGAAAAGGCACCGCCUCUCGUCCUCCAGGACGUUACUCUACUGGGUCACAGAGUCGCAUCCGUCGAAUGUGGAAUGACACAGUCAGAAAACAGUCAGAGUCUUCUUUCAUGACCGGUGACAUCAACAGCUCUGCAUCACUUAACAGAGGGGCUAUGGCUAACCAUCUUAUACCUAAUGCACUCCUACGUCCUCAUGGCACUAACAAUCCCUAUAAUACAUUGCUUGGGGAAUCGGCAGUCUAUAACAACCCUCUGGGCAUGUACAACACACAAGAGGGAAUCCUGAACAAUGCCCGGGAUACAAGUGUCAUGGAUACUCUACCACUGAAUGGUAACCAUGGCAACAGCUACAGCAUCGCCAGCGCUGAGUACAUGAGUGACUGCGUCCAGAUCAUUGAUCGGGGUUAUAACCACAAGGAGACCACCCUGGAAAAGAAGAUCCUGAAAGAGCUCACCUCCAAUUAUAUCCCCUCCUACCUCAACAAUUCCCACGAGCGCUCAACUGAGCAGAACCGGAACCUUAUGAAUAAGCUGGUCAAUAAUGUCAGCAACGGUGGCAAGGACAGUGGCUACGGGAUGGGCUUGGGAAUGGGGAUGGGCAUGAAUGUGGCGCUAAGCCUGGAUGACCACUCCACCUUUGGUCCACACCACGACGAAGGCCUGGGCCUGGAGUUAAUCCGUGAGGAGUCCAAUGCCCCCCUGUUGCCUCAAAGACCACUCCCGUCACUGCAGGCGGUGGACAACCUUAACAAUCACCUCCACCAGUCAGCGCCUCCACCCCUUCCUCUGCCCCACCACCCCUUCUCGUCCGCCACCACUUCCUCGUCUCGAAGGAGGAUCCCCCAGGAGAACAGCGAAAGUUUCUUUCCCUUACUUACUAACGAGCACACCGACGACGAGGGCUCAUCACCCAGCCACAACCACCAGAGAGACUCCCUCUAUACCAGCAUGCCCAUGCUGCCCGGACUGCCACAUGUGUCUGCAGAAUCUGCUGACGGCUCCAAGGACGGCGGGGACGACAAGAGCCCAGAGGCCAGUUCGGACGACGUUUACUACAAAAGCAUGCCCAACUUGGGCUCACGUAACCACCUCCAUCAGCUGCACUCCUAUUACCACUUAGGGCGGGGAAGCAGCGAUGGCUUCAUCGUGCCCCAAAACAAAGAGGAUCUGUCUCCAGAAGAAGCCCAGCCGGAGCCCUCGCACCUGGUCACCAGCCUAUAGGCCCAACACCCUCCCGCUCCUCCAGUGUCCCUCCUCUUGCCGUCGUCCUCUUCACCGUGUCCCCUUGUUCCUUCAGUCGUUGGCAGUGGUAGCCUUUCUUUUUAAUCUGUGCCCCAAAGACUGAAGCAGAGCA